ACUCUUGCUCCAGCUCAAAGAUCUUUUCUCUUCUCUGCCUCUGUAUCCAUCUCUCUAUCUCUGCAUUUCAACAAACAGGGCUUCUUCUGAAACAACAAGAUGGGAUUCUCAGCUGGGAAAAGAAAAUCACGAGAUGAAGAAGAUACAACAGUGAGCUUCUUAGCUUCUGAAUUCCCCAUGGAUGACCUCAGCGAUGACGUUCUCGAGAAAGUCCUCUCAUGGCUACCUACUUCUUGUUUCUUCCGUAUGAGCUCUGUCUGCAAGAGAUGGAAAUCAACCCAAUCCUCUAAAAGCUUCAAGCUUGCUUGCUCUCAAAUCCCUACUCGAGAUCCUUGGUUCUUCAUGAUCCAUAAUGAUUCCAAUUCUUCUUCCUUCGUUUUCGACUCCACUGAGAACACCUGGAAAAACCUCAACCGCCGCGAUUUCCUCCACCACCGCCGCCGAGAUUUCAUCCCCGUCGCUUCCUCCGGCGGCUUGCUCUGUUUCCGCUGCUCAAUUUCCGGCGAAUUCCUCCUACGUAAUCCUCUCACUGGAUCUUCUCGUGACAUUCCUUCUCCAAUCUCUCAAGAUAUUGACAAACCUCUCCAAGCCGUAGCCAUGACCACCACUGUUACUCCCUCCAGCUAUAAGCUCGUUACCAUCUCCGGUGAAAUCCCAAAUCUCAGUUUCAAGAUCUACGAAUCAAGUUCAGAUUCAUGGAGCAAAGACCAAGAACUGGAAUUAGCCAAGAACAGUGAUUCAUCAUUACGUGAUGGUUCUGAUACUGACAUUGGCACAGUCUACUUUCUUAGCAAGAGUGGAAAUGUUGUGAUUGCGAGUAACAAUCUUCAGAGAAGUCCAUCGAAGCAAUACUCUUCCGUUAUUACCGUUACAGAUGAUGCCGAAAUCGUCUAUUUUCUCAGCUCUUACGGAACAAUUGUAGCUUGUGAUCUCACAAAACGAUGCUUCACCGAGCUACCGAAGCUUCUUCCUCCGUUCUUAGAGUAUUCCAUCGACUUGGUGGAAUGUAAUGGAACAAUGUAUGUGAUUCUCCUCUCUGAGUUCUUUGAAAGCGCGAGUUUAAGGGUAUGGAGACUUGACAAUAACAGGGAAUGGGUUCAAGUCGGGAUGUUGCCUCCCGCGUUGUCUCAUGAGUUAUAUGGUAAAAAAGGCGACAUAAACUGCGUUGGAGGAGCUGGAAACAAGAUGCUUGUGUGCUUCAAUGUGAGUCCUCCAGAGGUGCAUUGUAGAUACUUUGUGUAUGAUUUAGUUGCAGAAGAGUGGAGUGAGUUGCCAAGAUGCGUCAAGGAUGGAGAAGCUAUGGAUUUUGUUUCCGCUCUUUCGUUCCAACCUAGGAUCGAGGCUACAGUUUGAAAUUUAGCUUUUCUAUCUAUGGAUUAGGUUAAAUGUUUUUGUGUAUUCUUUCUCCUCAGGAGAAUGCAAUGUAACUUGAUUUGUAAUCUAUUGACAUUGGUCAGAACAGGAAUUGCUCUGUU